AACACGGCCUGUGAAUCGAACAACUUUUCGUGUAUCCAAUUUUGUACGUCUCAUUGCAGUUGGCUAAGUGAGCGACGUCUUCGAUGUUCGAGAUAUGGAUGAGAUUGAAAGUCUUCAGAAUGAUCAGACAAUUGAUGACACUGUGAAUGUUGGUGGUCUUGAAGAAGUUCUGUCAAAUGAUCCAGCUGUGAGAACGUCUACCAGAUUAGAUAGUAUAGAUAGUGAUGGUGAACAUGUUCAUGAUUUACAUGUCAAAGUUGAAGAUCCGGAAAAACAUAUAGAAGGAUAUGUCAGUUACUAUGUUCUCACAAAGACAACAAGAAGUGAAUUUGAUCAACCAAAUUAUUCAGUAAGAAGAAGAUAUCAAGACUUUUUGUGGUUACGUCAGCGGCUGGAGGAAAGCUACCCUACUCAUGUUAUACCUCCAUUACCAGAGAAGAAUUCAUUUACAAAGCAUUUUGACCGGUUCUCAGAAGAAUACUUAAAAAUCCGACAAGAUGCAUUAAAUAGAUUUGUAUCAAGAGUAUCAUCACAUCCCGUCCUGUCAUUUAGUGAACAUUUUCAAAUAUUUUUGACUGCAAAAACAUGGGAACUAAUGACUGCAAAGAAACAAGCACCUGGGAUUAUGAGUAGGGUGGGAGAUUCUGUCAAGCACACUGCCUCUUCAAUGAUGUUGAAAACAAGAGAUAAAGAGUUCACUGAUAUUGCAGAAUUUGCAAAGACUUUCAAUGAGAAAAUAAGCUCUGUUGAGAAAGUUACAGAUAAACUAGCUCGCGAGAGAUUUGACCUUCUAGAAAGCUUUAGAGAUGGAAUACCAGUGUUCAGAUUGUGGUCAAACUCGGAAAUUAAAUUAGGGGAUCCCUUGAACGAAAUGGCAGAUGCUAUGGAAAAAAACAACGAGGCAUUAAAAAAUCUGUUAAAGCAACAAGAUGCUGGUAUUAUGGAACCUCUCAAGGAAUACAUUUUAUAUAUUGAUGCCAUCAAGGGAGCCUUGAAAAGACGUGACGCGAAACAGAUGGAAUAUGAAGUUACUGUGGAAGAACUAAAACGAAAGAAAAAGGAAAAAGAGGAAUUGGAACAAUCGACACAAACACGUUCAUUUGGUGUUUUAAUCGGAAGUCGGGAUCCCGAGGAAGUGAAGCAAGAAAAGAUUGAUAAAUUGAAUGCAACGAUUGAGGAUCUUGAACAAAGUGUUGAAGCCGCAAAUGAUCGGGCAGAAUGUGCAAAUCACGAUUUAAAAGCUGAUAUCGAAAGAUGGCAUAAAAAUAAACGACAAGAUUUCAAAAAAUUAUUUACUGAUUAUUCUCAAUGUCUCAUUGAAUAUUUCAAACAGAGUCUAGAGGCCUGGAAUGAAGCUCUCGUUAAACUGGAAUCAACUUCAUUAGAUAACGGGGCUUUCAUUGAAGAGGAUUAGUAGAGUGGAAUGGUGAAAUUAAUGUCAAAUUUUAUUUACAUAGAGCAAUUUUAUUACACGCAGUUCAUUUGGGAAACAACUAUACUUCAGCAGUGACCAUUGAACAGCCGUGCAUAAUUCAUAUACUUUUAGUUUAUCUAUAUGGGUAAAAACAAUAUCAAUAAACUAGGGAUAUUUUGGUGUUAUUACCCGUCAUGAUAUAACUUUGACCAGGGUUUAGUUUCUUCAUUACAUAUCUUAGUUUCCAGUUUACCAAUCAUCGACAUGCGUGAGGUCACAUGUUUCGAUAAAACUUGGUUGAAUCUCUCACACAAUUCCAAACACGAUUUGUGGUAGCUAUAUUUUGUAUACAUUUUUCACCAUAAUAAAAGUAAUAUAUAAGGAAUCGUGUAACAUCGGUUACACACAGCGACUUGCAGCUCUUUCGAUGGCCGCUUACAAAUUGCCUUCGUCGGUGAUGCUAUAUUAACGUUGUUUUCUGACAUAAUUAUGUGAAAACAAUUAGAAUUCGAUUAAUUGGAGGUUUAGUUCGAUAAAUGAUGAUAAUUGUUAGAAAAAACACCUACCAUAUUACUUUUUUUUCUUGAUUCCUUUUACGUCUUAAAAUAAUUGUGAUUUUAAUUACGGGUGAAGAAUUUCAAAUUAUAUACUUUAGUGAAUCAUAUAUAGUGACGUAGCUAUACUAGGUAUAUUUUUAUCAAUAAAA